AUGGCCACACAGCCCCUUGCUCUGACUCCCGAACAGGUCAAACGCUACAGCCGUCACAUCAUCAUGGGAGACGUAGGCUCCAAGGGCCAGCGCACCCUGAUGCAGUCCAGCGCGCUGAUCAUCGGCGCCGGCGGCCUCGGUUCGCCCAGCGCCAUUUACCUGUCCCUCGCCGGUGUCGGCACCAUCGGCAUCGUGGACCUCGACGUUGUGGAUCUCUCCAACCUGCAGCGCCAGGUUCUCCACCACACCGCCGACGUGGGACGGCCCAAGGUGCAGUCAGCCUUCGAUAACAUCAAGUCCUACAACCCGGAUGUUAACGUCGUCUUGCACGAGACUUGGCUGAGUUCUGAAAACGCAAUGGAUAUCAUCAGCCAAUACGAUCUGGUUGUAAACGGCGCCGACAACUUUGCCACCCGAUACCUGGUCAACGAUGCCUGCUACCUGCUGGGCAAGCCGCUGGUCGAUGGCAGCAUCCUGACCUUCGAUGGCCAGGCCACGGUGUUUAUUCCGGGCGAGGGCUGCUACCGCUGCCUCUUCCCGUCGCCGCCUCCCCCCGGAAUGGUCCCCAACUGCGCCGAGGCAGGCGUGCUUGGGUCGAUGACCGGACUGGUGGGCAGCAUCCAGGCAACCGAGGCUCUGAAGCACUUCCUCGGCAUCGGUCAGUCGCUGGUGUCCCGACUGCUGAUCGUGGAUGCUCUGGACAUGAGCUUCCGCGAGGUGCGCCUCAAGCGGAACCCGAAGUGCCCGCUUUGCGGCGACAACCCCACUGUGACUGAACUGAUUGACUACGAGAUCUUCUGCGGCGUGGCCGAGCCUCAUGAGGAACCAGCCACAGUAGGCGCUUCGGACGACUAG